AUGAUGGAUCCGCUUGUUUGUAUAGUGGAUUUUCACCAUGCGCGAGGCCCGGAGGUAGAAACUUGGCUUGGUGUUGGUGCCGACGAAGAUCCAGCGAUCGAUAACGAAUGGCCGCUGUUACCAUUCAUGGCGUUGAGUGAUGGCGCGCACGCCUCCACGGAAGACUACUCCUACUUCACGCUCCGGCGCUCCAACCCCCCAACGAGUCUCUUCGGCAUAUCGUGCACACGCCAGCUCGACGCGAGUAAACUACUCAAUCGUCCACCCGAGGUCACGAGGAGUACAGUACAAAAAGCCGUUGUGGUUAUCAGCGACCGGCCGGAGUUUUUUGGCGCUGUGAAAGCUGCGUUGGGCGUUGUAGUCGAGGUGUGGUUUGCGCAGAAAGACUUUACGGAUAUCGAGAUAUUGCAGCGGUUCCAUGAGAGUCUACCGCAGCUGCUGAAGAACCAGGAGGGACAGGUGGAUCACUACUUUGGCAUUUCCCUCCGCGAGUUCAUACAUGAGUUCAAGUGGCAGACGCUGGUUCUGUUCAAGUGUGCUCUACUUCAACCAAAGAUGCUCUUUUUUGGCUCCCAUUGUGAACGAUUGUGCAUGAUGCAGUUUGCUCUUAUUUCUCUGAUACCCGGCCUCAUUCGCCACCUGCAAGAUGCUGCUGAUCCCAAGUUCAAUGCCAAGGAGGAGAAUAUUGUAACGCCUACGAGCUUGAAGACUUCUGAGAGGUCGUCUUUGCUUGCAUACAUGGGCCUUCCGCUUCAACUGUUUGGCAAAGGCUCCCUUUUUGGGCCAUACACCCCGUUACAGCAGCUCGACAUGCUGGCUGACCAAGACACCAAGUCGUACAUUGUUGGCUCCACAAACUCCCUGCUACUACAGCAAAGAGAUCGCUACAGCGACAUCCUCAUCAACCUCGACGACCACAGCGUCAAUAUCACCUCAGCCGCGCUCCGUCAAGCACUAGUAUUGUCUACGCCUGAUAGAAGAUGGAUAGACUUCAUAACACAGACGAUAUACAACACAUGGGACGAGUCCAACCCCGCACGACCCAAAGACCACGGCUACGCCGGCAGCGAGGAGUUCAUCCGCAUGCAGUUUGAAGAGUACCUCCUCGCCAUGCUCAGCGCCACAAAAUACAAGCUCUACAAGGAAAAGAACCCGCACCGCGAAAACCUCAUCGCAGACGUCGACGGCGACCCGGCAAGCGAAUUCUCAACCGACUGGAUAAACGCGUGGAUGACGACGGAAAACUUUCGCAUAUGGAAUAAAUUCACAGACUCGCACCUCUUCGAUAUUGUGGACCCCAAGCACCCGUGCUCGGGCGGACUUUCCAUCGAAGACGUCCAGCGCCGUUUAGCACAGCAGGUAGCCGAAAUGCAUCUCGACGAGCGGCUCGAAAAAUCCCGCGACGUAAUCGGCAAGCAGAUCGCAGUCGGCCAGCAAAAAGUCUCCUCCGCCUUCAACAACCUCUGGGCCGAAAUGGAAGCCAUGCGCGAAGCCCAGCGCAAACGCCAGGACGAACAGAGACAAGCCGCUGAGAAAGAAGCAAAGUCGUCUGACCCCGCGGCCGCGUCGUCGGCGAACGCUCAACCCGCGUCUAAUCGCGCUAGCGCGUAUCUUUCCUCGUGGGGCUCCUGGGCUAGCGAAAAGCGCAAGGGCUGGGGCAAUAAGAACGCUUCGUCUCCCACGGAGCCGGUGCCCGGCGACCUGAAGCGCGCGGAGGAGUUUAAACGCGAUGAGAAGAGGGAGAAGUAUCGCAGUUUGGGGAGCGAGUCGGUCGAUAGCACUGUCUCGGCGAGCACGGAUGGGUACGGGUAUGGGUAUGCGGAUGUUGGUUCAGAUACGAAGCGGUCGAGUUUAUUCUUCGAUGCGGAGCGGGAUCAUGGAGAUGAGGAUGAAGAUGAAGAUGUACAUGUACAUGGCAAGAAAUCCAGUGCGAGUCUGGAUCCAGAUCACGGAAAGAACGUCUGGGCGGAUACAUAG